AUGUCGGUCCUGCCACAGACCACGGGGUUCGCCCUCGUACUCUUCAUCGUCGGGGGAUCGUCCUUCAACUUGGACACCCAGCUUUACACCAAGUACAGGGGAGACCCGGGAUCUAUGUUCGGUUUCAGCGUAUCCAUGCAUAGGGAAGCCGGAUUCUAUCUUGCUUUCAAAGACCUAACAUCGCUGCUUAAAUUUGGUAUCUCUAUAGAUAAAGAAGGCUCUGAUGAUGACAGUCAUGCCGACGUUGAAACGUUGGUAAUUGCCUGGCAAGUCCCAUUCCUCGACCGGUCUGGAGUCGUUAGCUCUGGAGUGGUCACUGGAAAAUGGGGCGUUCCUUACGGUACACUACCACAUAUAUUUCUUUUGAUUGGUCUUACAACAAGAGACUCAGGACCUCCACAUUGGGAAUGGGGAGGGCUUGCACAGGACCCAUGGUACUUGGGCCCACAGGUCCGGUUAGAGAAGCUUGGAGAAGGAACGUGUAGAUGUGCAGGUGGAGCGUGA